AUGGCGGCGGCCAGGUGCUGCAGGCUAGCGCUCCGCGGACCGGGGCUGUCAUUGCACACUGCGGCCGAGGCCGCCGUCACGGCUCCAGAAGUGACCGGCCCCGAUGUCACGGCGGCCCCCGUCGCGCGCUACCCGCCGAUUGUGGGCUCCCUGACUGCCAAGAGCAAGGCGGCACGGCAGCGGCGAGUGGAGCGGUGGCAGGCGACGGUGCACGAGGCCUUGUCGGUGGACGAGAAGCUGCGAAUCCUCACCAAGAUGCAGUUCAUGAAGUACGUGGUUUAUCCGCAGACUUUCGCCCUGAACGCUGACCGCUGGUAUCAAAGUUUCACCAAGACCGCGUUUCUGUCGGGCCUGCCGCCGCCAGCCGAGCCCGCGGAGCCCGCGCCCGCCCUGGACCUAGCGGCCCUGCGCGCCGCCACGUGUGACUGCCUCCUGCAGGAGCACUUCUACCUGCGGCGCAAGCGGCGCCCUCCCCUCUACCGGGACCGCGAGGCUAUCGCCUCGCCGUUCCUGGAUCAGCUGGCGGCCACCCUCAUGGGCCUGCUCAGCGCACACAACCCCGCCCUGGCCACCGCCACCCUCGAUUGUAAACGCCCAGUUCACUUUUACUGGUUGCGAGGUGAAGAAAUUAUUCCUCGUGGUCAUCGGAAAGGUCGAGUUGAUGCUUUGCGAUACCAAAUAAAUGAUAAACCACACAACCAGAUUCGAAUAUCCAAACAACUCCCAGAGUUUGUGCCGCUGGAUUAUUCUAUACCUGUUGAAAUCCCUGUUAUAACUUGUAAGCCAGACAAACUUCCCUUAUUCAAACGACAGUAUGAAAAUACCAUAUUUAUUGGCUCAAAGACAGCAGACCCAUACUGUUAUGGUCACACACAGUUUCAUCUGUUACCUGACAAAUUAAAAAGGGAAAGGCUUUUGAAACAGAACUGUGCCGAUCAGAUAGAAGUUGUUUUUAGAGCUAAUGCUAUUGCAAGCCUCUUUGCUUGGACUGGAGCACAAGCUCUGUAUCAAGGAUUUUGGAGUGAAGCAGAUGUUACUCGGCCUUUUGUCUCUCAGGGCGUGAUCACAGAUGGAAAAUACUUUUCCUUUUUCUGCUACCAGUUAAAUACUUUGGCACUGACUGCACAAGCUGAUCAAAAUAACCCUCGUAAAAAUAUAUGUUGGGGGACACAAAGUAAGCCUCUUUAUGAAACAAUUGAAGAUAAUAAUGUGAAAGGUUUUAAUGAUGAUGUCCUGCUCCAGGUAGUUCACUUUCUACUGAACAGACCAAAAGAAGACAAAUGACAGCUGUUGGAAAACUAA